UUGUUUUUAAAAAGACUAAAUGCUACUGUACUGUUACUAUAGUACAGUGGUUACUAGGCUAUAAUAAAAAAGUAACUGCAGAGCCAAAGCAUUGGUGCUAGAAAAGAAGGCAGGGUCUUGUGCAAGAUGCUGCACAAUGGUUGAACAGUCAUCUAGAGCAUGUUGAUUUAAAAAAAAACAAAAAAACAAUUGAAGUCGGCAUAAAACAGAAGUUGUGAUAUUUUUUCUUCCAAAUUGUGAUGUAUAUCCAACAGAAAUGGCUUCUCAAACUAGAAAAAAAUGUAGGGAUUGUUAAAAGGUAGCACAAAGCGCCAUCUAGUGGCCAUUAGUUUAUGUGCUGGAAGUGAUUGAAUGUGAAACACGCGUGACAUAAACAGCUGCGCCACAGGAAGACUGUUCCAGAAGUCGCGAUGCAGUGUUGGGGUUAAUUAUUAAUGACUGUGUGAGUCCAUUUGAGAAAAUAGUAACCUGCCAAGAUAAAGAUAUCGGCACUGAACAAAGAAGAGGCAUAUGACAGUCAAGAUAACUGCAAGAUGACACCAUUUUCUAAGAACAUGUCUUCUGUCUCUCUCUGGAUAACAGUCGCAAUCCUUUUUGGUUCUCUCUGUGAUGGUGGCAAAAUCUUGGUGGUGCCUUUGGAGGGAAGUCACUGGGUGAAUAUGGACAUCCUCAUCAAGGCUUUACAUGGUCAAGGGCACAGCAUUGAUGUAAUACGCACCUAUAAUAGUUGGUUUGUAAAGGAGAAUUCAACUUAUUACAACUCUUUAACCAUACCUAACACCAAAGGAAUGGAUGAAGAAUUUGUAGAUGACAUGAUCUCCAAACUUAUCGACCAUGAAAGAGGAAAGAGCCACUGGCUGAGUGCUGUACAGCUGUAUUUCGAUGUAACUGGUAGCAUGUAUAAAAUGCAUAAAAUGGUAUGUCAGCUUAUAACAAACAUGUUUGAAAGUGAGGAAAUUAUGAAGGCACUGCAUGAUAAACAGUACGAUCUGAUGCUUACUGAUCCAGUAUGGGGUGCAGGCAUUUUCUUAGCUCAUGAACUCAAGUUACCCUUGGUAUAUAAUGUGAGAUGGACCACUCCUGGAGAGGGACACUUUGACAUCGCUCCCUCACCGAUGUCUUACAUCCCUAUCACAGGAUCUGGAAACAGUGACAAAAUGAACUUCUUUCAACGAGUGAAAAAUGUUUUCUACUAUUUCCAAAUGAACUUUCAGUACAGCUAUUUUAAUUUGCCACAGUACCAAGCACUGUGUGACAAAUAUUUCUAUCCGCCUGUACGUUUUUAUGAACUUCUCCAGGGGGCUGAUAUAUGGCUUAUGAGGGUUGAUUUUGUUUUUGAAUUUCCACGUCCAACAAUGCCAAAUAUCAUUUACAUUGGUGGCUUCCAGUGUAAACCAGCCAAGGCCCUUCCACAAGAUCUGGAGGACUUCAUGCAAAGUUCUGGAGAGCAUGGAGUCAUUAUCAUGUCUUUAGGGACGUUUAUCAGUGAUCUACCAGAUGAUUUUACAUCAGAAAUAGCUGCUGCUUUUGCUCACCUCCCUCAAAAGGUAAUUUGGAGAUACACUGGAAAGAGACCAUCUACUUUGGGGAACAACACAUUACUGGUUGACUGGAUGCCACAGAACGAUCUUCUAGGGCAUCCGAAGACUAAAGUUUUUAUUGCACAUGGUGGAACCAAUGGGGUUCAAGAAGCUUUGUACCAUGGUAUCCCAGUGGUUGGAAUUCCAUUCUUUUUUGACCAGUACGACAAUCUUAUUCGAUUACAAGAAAGGGGAGGAGCCAAGAUAGUUACCAUCGCAACUUUAGAUAAAAACACACUGUAUGCAGCCCUACAGGAAGUGAUCAAUGAACCAUCUUACAGACUGAAUAUGCAGAGACUUUCUCAUCUGCACAGAGACAAACCAGUUAAACCUUUGGACAGCGCCCUCUUCUGGAUUGAGUUUGUAAUGAGACACAAAGGUGCUGCUCAUCUCCGUACAGAGUCCUACAAACUGCCUUGGUACUCCUAUUACUCAGUAGAUGUUGCACUUAUAUUGUUUGCAGUUGUUUUGAUAUUCACUCUAUCUAUUUUUUUAACAGUUAGAUACCUGUGCGUCAGGUGCUGUAGCAAAAAAAGGAAAACUGAGUGACACAUUUGCAAAUGCAGUAUAGACUAUUAUAUUGCAUAAUCCAUAAGAGUAUUAUGGAUUAUUCUUACAUGUCUGUGCCAUGACUUACUACUUAUGUAAUGAACAGCACAAUGAGGAAAAGAGAAACAAACGGCAGCGAUUAAUGAUUACAAUGCCAGAAUAUUCAUAAAAUAAGCCUAAAGUCUCUUUUAGUAAGCAGGUAUAAUAACAUUUAUAAAGGUAUAUAUUGAAAAGGUUGUUAUGAAAUUUUUCAUCUGAAUCUCAGACAACUUGCAUGACUCCUUCACUUUUUAUUUUCUAUAAUGAAUUCUAAUAUUAGCUAGUUUUACUCUGACUUUUAACCCUGGAAAAUUCAACCUCGAACAUUUUGAAUGUUUUUGAAUGUUACAAGGUUGGCACAAACAUUAACAAACAUUUUUUAAAAAAGAAAUGGAAAUAAAUGUCAUUUCAUAUUGUGCAGUGAAUAAACCUAUUUUAACCAAAUAA